UAUCUCUCUCUUUCUGUCUCUGUGCAGUGUUUUAUCUUCUACUUCACUCUCAAAUUUUUUUUCUUCUCCUGCUUGUUCUCUCCGCAGCCCAUUGCCAUCUUUUUUCUCAAAACAAUAAGACAGUUUGAAAUAAACAGGGAAAAAGAGAAAAAGGCUGCAACUUUUUCAUUCUUGCCCCAAAUCCCAUUGUAGAUCUUCACUAAAGCUUCCAUCUUUGAGCUCUGUUCAGCUUCAUUCCCAAUGGAAUGAGAUUUGGGCUGGUGCUGAAGGCUUAGAAGUUCAAGGCUCGGGUUUUCUUGAGAUUCAAGGAUGGCGGGUGGGAUGCAUACUGAUGUUUUGUUGGAUUAUGUUGAAUUCCAGAUUUAUCCAAGCCAGAACAGGUACGAGGCUUGCAUAUGUUGGGACAACGAGGUAGAGGCUGUGGCUUCUGGGGUUCUCGAGCAACUGGCACAGCAUUCUUCGAAAGUUAAAGCUUUGAGCUCGAAAGGAUGGGAUGCUACUUUUAAACUUGAACCCCCGGAUAAUGUUAGUGAGGCUACGUGGUUUUCGAAAUCCACUUUAAUUAGGUUUCUUAAUAUUAUUAGUUCGGUGGAUAUAUUGGAUAAAGCAAAUGCAAUGGAGAAAGAGAUAUCUCAGCUGGAGGAAGCCCGGGGAUUUCACCUUUCUUUAUAUGCAAAGGCUGAUGAUAAUUCCGCUACGUCAGAUUCUUCCAAGAACGAAUUGCUUCGAGCAAUGGACGUGAGGCUCGGUGCGUUAAGAAGGGAUCUCGCUGAUGCUUUUGAUGAAGCUGCUGGCGCCCCGUGCUCUCCCGAGGAGAUUGUUGAGAUUGGAAAGUUCAGCGAUCAUUUUGGAGCUGUCAAGUUGAGGAACUUCCUACAAAAGUUUGUUCGGUUGAGCCAGGUGAACCAGAAUUAUUUGGGGAAUGAUAAACGUGGUUUGGACGAGAAUUCUCAGAUCUCUUCUAAGCCAUUGCUUUCAGAGCAACCCGUAAGAUAUGGUGCCUCUCCUGCUAAAGCUGCACAAAUCGAGAGGCAGAGUUCAUCAGAAGGCGAGGAAUCUUCUUGCACAACCGAGGAGGAUCAACCGUCAGUAGAGCGAAGUCGGCCUCUAGUGCGAUCCGCUUCACCAAGAAGGUCUGCCUCCCCGAUGCGAAGAGUCCAAAUUGGACGCAGCGGGUCACGGAGACCCACCGCUUUAGCCAUCAAGAGCUUACAUUACAUUCCUGCCCGAGAGAAGCUAGUGUGCCAAAAAGACGAAGGCGAAAGCAGUAGUGGCGAGGAAGCAUCCGAGAAACCGUCGAAAAGAUCCGACAACAAUGUGCGUAGAAUGAGCGUGCAAGAUGCAAUAAAUCUUUUCGAGAGAAAACAGAGAGAUCAAACCACCGUGGAUGUUCAGAAAACGUCAAGUGUCUCCCUUGGUGCAAAUAAAGCGGUGCUCAGGAGAUGGAGUGCUGGAAUGUACGAAAGCCCUAAAUAUCCCGCAAAUGCUGCUUCCGAAAAUUCUGCUUCAAUGAAUACCGAGAACUUAGAAGGCGAAGAGACUAUAAGUGCUUUGGAGACGAAUUUAGAUUCUGAUCCUACUCCAUACAGCAAUCCCGACGAGGCUACUGAAAUAGAAGCCGAGCCUGUAUGUGAAGAAAGAGUAUCCAGUCUAGAAGGACAGCGGGCUGAUACUCUCCCGAACCAGACCGAAGAAAGCAGAAAGUUAACUGCCUCGGCUGAAUGGAGUCGCCAAAAGGAAGCCGAACUAAACCAGCUCCUGAUCAAAAUGAUGGAAACCAAACCCGCAAGAUAUAGAAACGCAGCGCCCAGUGAUAACCAAGACCAACGCCUUCCCGAUCAACAGCGAGGUGGUUUGUACAAUCAUUACAAAGAGAAAAGGGACGAGAAACUUAAAGGCGAGACCGCUAGGAAGCGAGUAGGGAAGGAAACACAAGUUAAAGCAAAACCCGACAUGGCCUCUGGAAAGGCAAACACUGUUAGUAAAAGACCUGUUAAGAGAACCCAAACCCCGCUUAACCAUUCCUCCGAGUCUGCAAAUUCCAAAAGUGAAACCCCUAAACCUGCUGAUGUGAAGAAAGUUUCGAAAAAGGCGUCAUCUUUGCCUGCCAUACGUAAGUCAUGGCCAACAGCACCGUCCCCGAGAGCUAAUGGGGCAUCACCGGCUAAAACACCUGUAACAACGGCUAGUGCUACAGCUACCCGGAGAAGAUCACAUCCAACACCGUUAGUUCCUCAAUCAACCCCGAAAGUUGAGAGAUCCCAAGUGCCAGCAAAAUCUGCGAAAACAUUACCUAAUGAUGCUAAAAAGACUGUAAGAAACUCUGCUGAAAGGAAUCAGCAAGCGGUGACAAAAGCUAGUAGCAAACCUACAAAAACCAAAGCUCAGGCUCCUAGAGUAAGUUCUGAUUCCUCUGCAAAACCGAAACUAAACAAGGUAACCAAGAAAAGCAGUGUGGUUCCUCUGGAGCCAAAGGAUACCCCAAAGGAACCGAAGGAACCAAAGCCUUUUCUCCGUAAGGGUUCCAGGACUGGACCUGGUGUUGGUCCCAUCACAAAAAAGAAAACUUCUCCACCAGAACAAUCGUUGAGGGACUCGGUUGAAGCGGAGAAGAAUGAAAAAGACCCGAUAAUUUCUGAACCUUCCAAUCAAAAGGGGGAUGUACUUGUUGCAGACUCAAAAGUCGACUUAGAUCUAGCGAGUGAAACUCAAAUAGGCAGCCCCGAGAAGUGUGAAGACACAGAAAGCCCUAAUCUGGUUGCUCCAAAAAAUGAAGAAGACAAUUUUUGUGAGAAGCAAGAGUGUGCUAAUAUAAAAAACGAGGUUGAAGAAGAAAUCAACAUAUCCCCCGCAGCUUGGGUGGAAAUAGAAGAGCACGACAAUGGAAAGGUUCAAAACAACGAUGGAGCUAACCAUAUCGACUCUUCAGCUGAUGUGCCUGUGAGAGCUGCCAGUCCACGAGUCCGUCAUUCUCUUUCCCAAAUGCUACUGGAGGAAAGCAGUGAACCCGAUAGUAUGGAUUGGGGGAAUGCCGAGAACCCUCCAACCAUGGUCUAUCAGAAAGAUGCACCCAAAGGAUUUAAGAGACUUCUUAAGUUUGCUCGAAAGAGCAAGACUGAUGUAAAUUCAUCAGGUUUCUCAAGCCCUUCUGUCUUCUCAGAGGGAGAGGAUGACACGGAGGAAUCUAAAGGUAGUAAGAAGGCUUCUGACAAUCUACUGAAGAAAGCCACACUUCAUGCUACGAACUACGGGCAUGGUCAUGAACUUCCCGCCCAAGCAACUAUCGGGCAAUUAGUCUCUCAAAGCAUAUCUCAGAAAUUGGAGGAGGGUCACGUUUCAGCUUCAGUAACCACAACAAAAGCACCGAGAUCAUUUUUCUCUCUUUCAGCAUUCAAGGGGAGCAAGCAGACUGAUUCUAAGCUCCGAUAACAUGCUCAGCCCCUAAUAUACUUUUCCAUAAACUUGCUUGGGCAAUGUUCAGGAAAAAUGUUUUUUCUUGCAUCCAAAGAGGGGGUGGAGUACAUGCAUAUCCUGUUUAUAUGCACUUUAUAGAUCUGACUGUUUAACGCGAGAUUCAUUCCGGUAUAAUACAAUAUCGCCAUUUUAUGUAUCCAUAGAAACUAAGGUAUUUUUUGUAGGAUCAGAACCCAUGUUGAAUCUGUAAUUUUCAUUACUCAGCCUGGCCUUUUGUUUAUAUCUUUAUAUAAUCAUUUGCAUGUAUGCUUCCCAUUUGAAGUUAGUAGUUGAGAACAAUAUUUUACUGAACUUUGCUUAGCUUGCUUGUUUUAUUGAGCCCAAGCUUGAGCUUGAAGCCUUGAAUAGAUGUUUAUUGUUUAUCAA